AUGACUACGACGCUCUCACCGGAGCAGCAAGCAGGACUCAAUGCACUUGGAGUGACCUUGGAGCAGUUCCAGUUCUACCACGCCCGUAGAAUUGAUGGAAGAUAUCUCACCCAGUCGAUGGCUACUCUACUUCUCUACGAUUUCCUGCUCACAUUUGCGGACGAGGUUCGAUACGUCUGGCAGACGAAGCCGGCGUUCUCAGUCGCCAAAGUUUUGUGGUUCCUGAAUCGUUAUUGGCCAUUAGCGAGCGUGUUCGUGAGGAUUUGGGCAAUGGCAUACGCCCGACCAACCCAAGCUGCGUAUGUCAAUCUGAAAGAGACUAAUCGACCUAUUGAACACCAUACAGUUGCAGUAUUGCCAUUCAAUUCACCGCCUGGAGCGGCCUGGUCCAUCAAUAUCGCCAUUGUCGACGUGUUGCUCAUGCUCCGUGUUUGGGCAUUGUACAAUGGUUCACGAAAAGUCAUGUGGAUCCUCAUUGCCAUCUUUGCAAUUGGCCUGCCGUCCGCUAUUGCCAUUCGUGGGGUGCCGCCUCUGCCGACUAUACCACUCGUCACCCCUGCACCACGCAGCUUGACAGUAUGCAAACGGUCACCGCCAAGUGAAUUAUUCAGCUUGUUCACAAUGGCAUUAGCUAUCGAUACGGUCAUUUUCGCCAUGGUCAUUGUAAAAGCCUGGGGAAAGAAGUUUCGCAGUCAAACGCCGGUCCUCACGGUCCUCAUUCGCGACGGUGCGCUCUACUAUGCCGCCAUUACCGCCGUACUUGUAUUCAUGAUCACCGCAACCAUGGUCCCGGUUCUUUAUCAGCCGGUCGCGGAUGCAAAUCUCAACAUUCCGCUCUGCUCGCUUGCGUGUAACCGACUCAUCCUGUCCCUGCGCGGUGUCUACUUCAAGGCGGCCAACGCACAGCAAACGACGAUUCCGACCAUGGAUCUGACAAGCCGUCCACGGAUGGUGAACAACAAUACGACACGCGACAUUCAACUGGACCACCUCGCGAGCCCACGGAGUGCAAACCCGUUUAUCGGAAGGUACAAGGGUGAGGACGAGUACGACUGGGUACCAUCUUCGACUGCUACCGCAGCCACGACCACCGAACGAGAAGGUGUUGUAGAUAUUAGUUCUGGCGGGCAUGCGAGACGACAUUCGAUUGGGCGCACGCAAGCUUCUGUCAAAUGGCGUCCAGCACAAGUAACGGUCACACAGACACAGACCGUCUUUGGCGACGAUGGCGUCGACUUGGCGGUUCAUCUCCCCGCAGAGGACCUCGCGGCUGUCGGCAAUACUCCAAAUCAAAACGAACCAUUGGCUCAUUCCGGUGGGAAAAGCGCAUAUCAUCAGCACCAGCAAUCAAAGGGCCUGGACUGGUGGGAUAUGCGAAGUGAGAAUGAUAGUCGGUCACCCACGGAACAUUCUAUGCUCUCGCGGGGCGGAAGCACAGGAAACGGAGCAUAUCGUACGGUUCGGCAGGAUAGAAUCGACGAGGAACAUGAAGGAGACUCUCCUCGUCAGCAUACGGGCAGGGCGCUCUAA